AUGCCGCCUCGCGCACGGCGCGCUCAGCCUCCACAACCCGACCGUGAGCUCGUCCGCUGCGUGUUCCGCCUCUUUGGCUCGCGCCGGAGCGACUUGGACGGCACAACGACUCUGUCCGCCCGACGACCCUCCUACUGCCAGGACGGCCAUUCGGGGCGCUUCAUCCACUCUCUCCGGUGGCCUGGUGAGCUCCAACGACGCGGGAGGUACUACAGCUCCACUACGUUACUAGACCGAGCCACAAGACAAUGCCAUCGAGUCGCACCGCAGCAGUGUCGUCGUGAGGGCGACAAGAGGAGAGCGGCCGGGACCACUCACGCCGGUAGGCUGAAAGGCGACAAAAAGCGGUAA